UAAUAUGUUAUACUCAUAAUAGGCCCUAUAUUCAAAUUUACUGAUAACCAUGCAGUUGGAAUUACAGUUUAUAGACAGCACAGUGAUUCUUGUGAUACAUGUAUCAUAUAUUUAUCAUAUUAGCCUCGUUAUUUUAUUCUUUACUGAUGAAUAUAUCGAAUGGAUGGAGGCACUAAUCUGAUUUAUACUAUCAGAGUAAAUAAAUGAAUAAAUAGGUUAGUGGAAAUUCUGAGUUGCGAGUAUAAACUGGUGAUGAAAAAAAAGUUUGUUUCAAUCCCUGAAUGUACGUACACGAAUAAAGGCUUUAUUUUGACAUGUAUACCCGGAAGUAUUUGUGUCCUGGCAUCAGCUUGACAUGGGUAAAUCCUCAUCCGUGAGCGCACCGGGGAAUACCGAAGUGCCGUUCAAGCUGAUGUGAUUGACCCCUGCGAAUAUCCCGAAGCCCUUAAACCCAAACAGGCCCUGCUAUGGUGAGGUGUGUCAGCAAUGACGGAUGUGGAGGCGACCUAUGAGGACUUCAUCGCCUCUCGACGGUCCGGCCGCAGGAACGCCAUACAUGACAUACCAGCGGGCUCUGGAGAGCAGGGACCCGCUGACCUGUCGCAGAGUCUGGCGCAGCUCAACAUCAACAAGUCAGGUGAUGAGGGAGAAGACGCUGAGAAAAACAAGAGCUCUCCAGCUAAAGAAGAGGCGACUCAAGCUGGGGGAAGCUAAUCGGCAAAGAGCUGCACACAUUUCUGAACUCAAACAGCCACUGUUUCUUUUCUACCUAAUCCCUGAGUGCUAGACCCCUGACUGGAGCUGGCCAGUUGCAUCUUAUGACAAUGAAAAGACACAGCAAAAUCCUCUACUGCCACAUCCCACAAUUAGCAAGUCAUCGCUAUGGCAACCACAGUGCUGUCUCCCUUUUUGCAUUUGGGUGUGCUCCAAAUUCCUUAAAAAGCCUCCUUUCCUUGCUGUCUUUCCUUCGGGGUUACUGAUACGAGAUUGGAUGUGAUGCUCUGUGAACGCAGCAUGACGUCAGCAACCAAAAAUCAGCCGUGUUCAACUGUCAGUGGACCUGACAGGAAAGGAGAGAAGGAAACAGAGGCCAUUUAAGGUUUUUGGGGCAAGCCUAAGUGUAGCAACAGAAUUAAAAUAUUGUCUUCCCUCCUCCCCCUCGCCUUGAAUCACCACUGAUGUGGCUGCACUUCCAAGGAAACCCAAGAUUGUGAUUGGGCAACUACUCUUCCUCUGCUUUUCUUGCAUCAAUGACUGCACACAUGUAAUCCUUCUAUCAGUGCCCGCUGUUGAUUUCUUCCCCUCUUCCCCCUCCCCUUUUUUUUGUAUGUUUGUUUACUUUGGGGUGAGCACAGAUCUUGCUCUGUUCAUUUAUUGAAUUUUAUUGAGAGCUUGCUGGACAUUAUCUCACUCCAGAUAAACUGAACAGCCCAAGGCAGGCAGUGUAUCUUAUUUUGUAUUUAUUUGUUUAUCCGUGUCAUGUGUAAUAUCUCAAACGUUACCAAUUCAAUUUCGAAGAAAUGUGGCGUUUGUAAUAUCACAUUGAUUUGUCAAACAGGAAAUCAGGACAAACCACCGGGACAUUCAGCAUUUGUACAUGAUGUUGGACUGCAUUCAAGUUAGGAGCAAUAUUGAUCUGCUUUUUCACUCUGUCAUAGCGAUCAAGGCAAAACACUAAAUACAUUUUGUUUCACAG